AAAAGCUUGGACUGCAUCGUAUGCGGGAACGAGCUUGGAACGUUCAUCCAUCUUGUGCCACCACCGGUGAAGUAUUUUUAAAAGCACUUGGAAACGAUAAAAUAUUAUCACUUAAGGAAGAACUUGUUAGAAUAUUAGAUGAUAAAGGGAAUGGGGAUCCCACAAAAAUAAGGUUAUUGAAAGCAGAUAAUAAUAAUCCACCAGUUUACACUUCUUUGGAUAGAGAAGGUGAAACUGUUAAUUCUUAUGGGUUAAGUGAUGAACAGAUCUUAUAUUUAUCUUAUUGGGAUGAUAAAAUUGGAGAUACUUAUCAUCAACAAGUGAAAGUUGUUGAUAAUAUUUCAAUGGAAGAGGAUGAUAAUAUUUCAAUGGAAGAGGAUGGAAAAGGAAAAGCUCGUGCAUAA